AUGGCGGCGCCCACGAAUAAACAAGACAUUGGCAGUACCCCUAAAAAAGUGUACCCGCUAGGGAAUUUCUGUCUUGUAUGCGGCUUUUCAUUUAUACAGAAGUUAGUUGAUAGUGAUGGCAACACCACUAUCAAAAAGUAUUUAGACAAGAAGCUUCGCCUUUCCGUAGAACGACUGAAAAUCGUGAAGGAUGUGUGUAACAUUACAAACGACGUCAUAUUCACUCGUGAUACCGGUGUGUGCCAAAAGUGUUUCAGAAACAUUGAAAAGGUCCUUAAAAUUGAGAAGGAAGCAACGACGCUCCGAGACUCUUUUAAGGCGUCUGUCCAAGUUACGAUGCAAAGGUUAAGUGUCUGCGUGCCUUCCCCAUCUAAAUUUUUUAUGGAAAAGAGAGAGAUGAGGAGUCCAUUGAAGGAAAAUGUUCAGGUAAAGAGGGUCCGAACCAAUCAAACAGAUGAUCUGCUCUUAGUGCCCAUUAGACGGGUAACGCCUGUCAAGCUUGUUCCAAUUCAGCCUGCUCCUCAGAUGGUGGAUACAAGCUCCAGCUCUGUAAUUACAAGCAAAGCACGUCGUUCUCUCGGGGGUGACUUUAGCAAAAAGGUACACAUUUGUCAUUUAGUAAAGAAUGUGUGAUAUUGUUUUAGUUUAUAUUUGGAUAUGGGUCCAAAAAAAUCAACUUUUUAAGUCCAGUUUUUGCAUUUUGUCUGAUGUCUUUUUCUGUUUUAAACCAGAUCAAAUUUCAAAUGAAAUCCAGAUCAAAUGUCAGUAUUAAAGUUUAUAAGA